UAAAAACUAAAAGCAGCUCCAGGUUAAACGCACGUCUCACACACCAAGAUCUUUCAGCUGUGAUUUCUACAGCAGUGAACUACAUACAGUGAAUGAUCAUAUGCAUUUUAUGUUUUGAGCCAGCUAGAUUUAGAAACUGGGAAAAGUAAUGGGCAAAAGGAGAGCCUUGUUCUGCGUAAGCGAUACAUUUGGUGCUGCUCACGUAGCGCAGAAGGCGCGCCCAUCAACUGAAGAUGAUAACGAGCGCACGAGGGAUUUACUCUACCGGCAAAUGGCAGAACACAGCGCCGAACAUAUCCCCGAAGAAGAGCCAAGCUCGACUCGAAAUGGUACCGAUGGGCUGGAGCAGGAUCCUGGAGUGAGAGGGGCUGAGCACCGGUCCCCGAGCACGAGCCGCCACGGCGCGGAGAGCGCAGAAUCAGCGCGCGCUGCGAACAGCGCUCUGCCACGCGAGCUCCGCAAACCGCGUAGCAACCGGCCCAAAUCAAAAGAGCACAAACGCCUCAACACUCACAGACUCGUAUUACAAUACAUCGUACCUUGUAUGAACUCAUACGGUUUGUGUAUCGUAGACAACUUUCUGGGAGAAAAGCUUGGAGACCGAAUUGUGCAGGAGGUAAGGCGCGUGCAGGAGGAUGGCAGCAUGCAGGACGGACAGCUCGCGUGCCAAACCCUGGGCCAAACUAAAGCUAUUCGCGGGGAUAAAAUCGCCUGGGUCGAAGGCAUUGAAACGGGCUGCCACAACAUAGGCGUUCUGCUGUCAAGAAUAGAUAAGCUUAUCACGUUCGCUGACGGCAAACUUGGGAGCUACAAGAUCAGGGGGAGACACAAGGCAAUGGUAGCAUGCUAUCCAGGCAACGGUGCAGGAUAUGUGAAACAUGUAGAUAACCCUAACGCAGAUGGCCGCUGUGUCACCUGCAUCUACUACCUGAACAAAAACUGGAAUGCCAAGGAGCAUGGAGGAGUUCUGCGCAUUUUUCCUGAAGGAAAAUCAUACGUCGCCGACAUCGAACCUCUGUUUGAUCGACUCCUGCUUUUCUGGUCAGACCGUAGGAACCCUCAUGAAGUACAGCCAUCAUUUGCUACCAGGUAUGCAAUCACUGUGUGGUACUUUGAUUCAGAGGAGAGGGCUGAAGCAAAAAGAAGAUUCAGGGACUCAACAGCCUCUUCACAGAGCAGCACUACGUCUUAGCAGAAGAGCUUGAGACAAAACUUUCUCCACUGAGAAGAUUUGUAUAUGUGUGUUGUUUUAGCCUAUUUGCACUUAAGGUACCGGCGCUUCCUCCUCAACCAUGCCUUCUGCGUUGCAAUUUUUGGAAGCUCUGUCUUGCGACAGUGCAUUCUAUAUGAUGCUUCUAUAAAAAAAAAAAACUUAACCAGCAGAGAAUUCAUAUUAUGUUUAUGUAACAAGUAUGACAAAAUUAUUCAGUAGUUUCCAGUAGGUGUGGAUGAUGGAUGAAGUGAAAGAUAUUUUCAUUAUUCUUUAGAUAAAUGUUUGUCCGUAUUUGAAAUAUUUCCAGUUUCUAGUGCUUCUCUAUUUUGCUAUGGGAGAGGAGCGGUUUUGAUAUUUUUGUCCUUUAAAAUUGUGACUUUAACCUCAUAGCAAAUGGUUAAAACCAUAGUGAAAUUGUCACCUAAUGAUUUGCAUGGCCUGUGUGGCCCUAACCACUUUCACAGAGUUGAAAUUAUUUUUGACAGCAAAUACUAAUAGUUUUCCAGUGAAAUGUUUCUAAUACUAUAUCAUUCUGAUGUGCUUAGCUUUAAUGUGUGUGUGUUUUCUCCUUAUCAGAAUGUAAGUGUUAUAUUGGUUUGCAACAUUACAGUAUAACAUGACACUUUAAACUGUCUGAAUAUUCAGAAGGUAAAUACUCCCAUAGUGUUUCAAAUUAAUUAUACUUAAAUGGAAUGAAAUAAUUUCAAUUGUAAUGGCAAACCUUACAAAUAUAAGUGGUACCCUGAUACUAGCAAGUCACAUUGGUUUAUAGGACAGCACUAGUAGUCAUUGUCAACUGGAAAUUUUCAAAAGUCUGUCAUUGUUUAUAAGCAGCUGUGCUGUCUUGAACUAUAGAGGCGUCUGAAUAUAAUGUCUUGAACUAUAGAGGCGUCUGAAUAUAAUGUCUUGAACUAUAGAGGCGUCUGAAUAUAAUGUCUUGAAUGAAUGCUUGAAUGAAUAUGUGAUGAUGUAAAAUGGAUUGAAAAUGAUAUUUGACUUUAACACUUUGCUAAGACUGGCUACAUGUAGAUUUUCUUUCUCUGUGGCUCAUCUAUAAAUAAACAUGUGAACGAGU